AUGGCAGUGGCAGAUCUCCUGGUUAUUAUAAAUGCUAUACUCUUAAACCGGAUUCCUGCAAUUUAUUUUCCAAGUAGUUUCCUCUCUGUGACUCCUUUGUGUAGUCUCAGCAUUAUGUUAAUUUAUGCAGCCAGGGAUAUCUCUGUCUGGUUAACAGUUGUGUUCACUUUCGAUCGAUUUGUGGCCAUUUCCUGUCAAAAGCUGAAAUUAAAAUAUUGUACUGAGAAAAUGGCUUCAGCGAUCAUAGGAACAGUGAGUGUUCUUGGCUGUUUAAAGAAUAUCCCAUGGUACUUCUUGCAUGAGCCCGUCUACAUAAUCGACGAUAUCCCGUGGUAUUGUAGACUGAAGCAAAUUCGUUACACUUCAUCAAUGUGGGGAGCAUUUCAAUGGACUGACCGAAUUCUUACCCCUUGCCUACCUUUCUUUUUAAUCCUUUUCCUCAAUACACUGACGGUCAGAAACAUUAUGGCAGCCAACAAAGCAUGCAAGACUUUUCAAAUAUGGAGAAGUAAAGACAAUCAAAAUGAUCCAGAAAUGGAGAAUAGAAGAAAGUCUAUUAUUUUACUUUUCUCUAUUUCUGGCAGUUUCGACAUUCUAUGGGUGGUAUAUGUUGCUCAGUUCUUUGUUGACAGAUUUAUGAAAAAUUAUACGAUCAGUGGUUUCAGUGAUCCCCUCUUUAUUCUGCGAGAAUGUGCAAAUAUGCUUCAGCUUUUAAGCUGCUGCACAAACACUUUUAUUUAUGCAGUGACUCAGAGUAAAUUUAGAGAGCAGUUACACAAUUUGAUUUAUUAUCUGUUGACUCCAAUUGUGGCACACAAAAACAUGAAAUAG